AUGUCUCGACCAGCAAGAAAUGUUGGGUCAGGUGGUCUUGGGAACCAAUCAAGAUCACCUGACCCAGCAUUUCAAGUGCUGGGUGGAGCAUUUGCUGGCUUGGGUCCACACAACGUGGGCCCAGAGACGCCGUCGCGUGUGGGUCCUGGCAUCGCGCCAGGACGGAUGGAGGAGUCGACACCAGACUUCCUCUUCGAAAGGAAGAUACAGAAAUUCUUCGACAUGGCAGAAGCGUACUGCUACGCGCACAUGAACUUUCCGAGCACCGCGGGAGAUGCUCUCCUACACCCGCUGAUCAAAGAUCGGCUGAUGAAAGCCGCGACUCGAGAGUCUGCACAUCAACUCGCAUCGACUGGACACACGCGAUAUCUGUUGAUGACCAAAGUUGUCCUUCAGUGGAUCAUCAGGCAUAUUUGGACGGAAAUACCACCAUUCGAGGGCUUUGACGUGGAGGCUGAUCGGCGCAUUACCAACUACAAAAGGCAGAUCUACCAGACUACACCGCCGCUUCUAAGACACCACUUCCUUUCUCAGAUCGCCAAAGAUGUUCAGCGGAUACGAGCCCAUCCAGACUUUCUGUCUUACUUCCAGCGCCUAGUCUGCAGUCAGGCCACCAAGCUUUGGGCAAUAGUUCAUCCCUUGAUGCAUUAUCCCACCCUGCCCUCCGACUGGCAAGACUUGUUGAGCCUCAUCUAUACAGCAUACUGCAUUUCCGGUGAGAUGUGGGCGACACCAUUCGACUGGCGGUUUGACUUCACACCAGUUGGAUACCCUUAUCAGCCCAGCAUGAUCAACAAGGACCCAUACAUCAAGGGGACCCCGGAAGAACUAGCACGACGAAACCUAGUCGUCAAGCUCGGUUACACGCCAGCAGUGUAUUUGAGAGACAGCGCGGAUGGAUUUGCCAGGAUCGCACAGAUUGCUUCGCAUAAAGUCCUGGUCAAAGAGGCGUAA